UACGCAAAAGCUUCGGAGGCAGGCGCGCCCGCGUCUCGUCUCGCCGCGGCAGCAACGCCGACUAGCUGGCCAGCUCGGUCGCCGGCGCCACCGCUCGCGCACCGCCCAACGUACGUGUAGCGGGCGACGAGUCUCCCUCCACUCCCUCUCCUCCGACUGCGAGAACGGUCGAUCGAGCGGCUCGCGAAUGGCGGCACCGGAAGACGGGGAAGACAAGAAGGGGAAGAACAAGCACGGGACCCCGUCGGGCUUCCGCUUCAAGCCCUUCGACCUGGAGCUCGUCGAAAUCCUCGACGAUAAGCUCCACGGCCGCCCGCUAGACCCCACGCACAACGACAUCUUUCACGAAGUGGAGAUCCUCGACUUCCACCCUCUCCAGCUCUACGAAACGUACGCCGAUGACGAGGAGAAUGGCUACAUCUACUUCUUCAGCAGGAGGAAGUUCGAGAGCUGCAAUAAGAAGCGGCCUCUGCGCAGCGCGGAGGGCGGCGCGUGGAGGAGCACCGGUCUGAAGGGUGUGAAGAGCAACAAAUCUGGUGACUCCGACGUCGGCCUGAAGCAGACCUUGGUGUUUCACCAGUGUUUCCCCGGCGACAAGGAGCCCGUCAGAACCAACUGGGGCAUGCACGAGUUCACCAAAAUCAUCGGCCCCCGAAACGAGGUUGCGGAUCAUGCCGUGUAUCGCCUAUAUAAGAUGAGGAAGAACGGCAAGGAGACGCCGGCAGACCUCGCCGCUGACGCUGCCGCGACCGCGAGCAUGAACAAGCGAAACCGCACCGAGCGUGGACAAGCGUCGGCGGCGGGACCUAGCAACCAGGCGCCGCCGCCAAGGAACUCCUGGGCGCUACCGAGAGCACCAGGGCCUAGCAACCAGGCGCCUCCGAGAGCGGCGGGGCCAAGCAACUCCCGGGCGCCGCCGGGACCUAGCAGAUUCGCGCCGGCUCCAAGCAACUCCGGGGCGCCACCAAGAGCACCAGGGCCUAGCAACCUGGCGCCUCCGAGAACGGCGGGGCCAAGCAACUUUUGGGCGCCGCCUGGACCUAGCAGAUUCGUGCCGGCUCCAAGCAACUCCAGGGCGCCACCGAGCGCACAAGGGCCUAGCAACCAGGCGCCUCCGAGAACGGCGGGGCCAAGCAACUCCUGGGUGCCGCCGGGACCUAGCAGAUUCGCGCCGGCUCCAAGCAACUCCAGGGCGCCACUGAGUGCACAAGGGCCAAGCAACUCCCGGGCGCCGCCGAGCGCGCCGGCGCCGCGUGGCCAUUUCGCUCCCACAGAUUCACGGCUGCGGCUGGUUCAGCAGCCUCCAAUCGCCGCGAGCCAGGUGGAUGAGGAUCCGAAGGAAUGGGAGUGGGUGCGGCAGGAAUUGGAGGGCGACUCCUCGGUUGCGGGCGAACCGCUCGCUGAAGACGAACUUGACGAUCUUAUGUUGUCAGACGACUCAGCCCUCGAAGAAUCAUCUGGCGCGCAAGAGGGAUGCAACAACGCCGCCGCCGACGCCGCUCGAGGUGACAACAACGACGACUCUGCCGCCGGACGCCGCAGGGAAGGGGAAGUGGAGUCGCGGCCGAGGAAACAAAAAAGAGAAGUUGCUGCGCAUGCCCGGUGCUCGGAAUAAGGCGAGCCGUCCUGCUCGAUGACCAUGCUUCGGCUUGUCAUAGCCAAUGCGAGCGAACCGAGCCGAGUAUUCUCGCCCUGCCGCUGGAGCCGAGUAACGAAACGUCGGAUUUGUCCACGCGUCGCACGUCCAAAUUGGGAUUGCACGAGCUAAAGUUUGCAGCCAGUAUCCACCAAAAUUUGAAGGACUAUAUUAUCUAUUAUCCCUUUUGUUUACCGCCUUUGCUAAUAUGCAGUUGCCUGAAAAUUUUUUAACGUGUCAAUUGAUUAUUCCGUCCAUCAGAUUUAUUUUAAGAUGUGUACAUGCUAUUGGGUUUGGGCUGGUGGAUGGAGAUCCCCAUAUGCAUAUGAAUUGAUUAACACAAAUAAAAUUUUCAGUCACCUGAUCAAUAGGUGGACCCUUUGUUUACAACCGUAUGUAUUGUGGAGAUGUCUAGUUAUAUUGUCAAAUUUUAAUUUGGAUUUUCCAUCUAAUUAUCAAAUGUAAUUAUAAAUAGUUAUAGUGUAAUUACAAUAUAU